AUGUCAUCACGUUUCAGUGCUCAUUUUGAAGAAUUAAACAAUCGUUUAUUUCUUAUUGCUGAUCGAGAAUAUUAUCUGCAGUUAACGAAUAUUGAGCAACGACGUCAAUUUAAACAAGCAUUCAUAAAUGAAUCGAAUCCAAAAAAAUUAUAUUCUGAUUUACUUGCAUACAUUCAAAAUACGAUCUUAUCAUCGUCUUGGGUGUAG